UACAAAUCAUGUUUGGCUCUUCAUCUUUUUUUUUUUUUACAACUUGUGGACAAGAAGUUAUUCAUUUUCACUCUCCAGGAUUUGCAUUUUUCAUAAAGACUCCUCUCUCUAGAGUUCAGUUUGCCUGAGUGAUCUUCAUCUAUGGUCUGACACUCUUUUAUCUCGAAAGCGUCUUUUAUAUGGUGGAAUUUGCUCAAUCAUGGUUGGUUGGAGAGGUGCACUCCUGUGUGUAUUUUUGUCCCAACUCUGGAUGCAAACUCCAGGCAUUGCUGAUAAAGGCUGCAGUGGUUUUGGGAACUUGGAAAAUGGUCGUAUGUUUUUCCGUUACGGAGGACUGUAUGUUACCUUCACCUGUAAUCCAGGAUUCCGGAUCCACGGAUACCGUACUAGCAGCUGUGUGUCUGGACAGUGGGCCAGAGACCCACCACUGUGUGUGGCGUCAGGAUGUCCCAGCCCUGGUGAUCUCCUGCAUGGCAAUACUGUGGUUUCUAAAGACAGAUCUCUGGCCUUCUUCAGCUGUGACACUGGAUUCAGUUUGUUUGGAUCUGCUCUUCUCUUCUGCAAGGGGAAAAGCUGGAACGGCACUAAGCCUGUGUGCAAGGUGGCUGAUAUCAUGAGUGUUCUUCAUCUGAAGCAAGAGCCUUUACAUAGCCAUGAUGUUCCAAGCCUAAAAGUUCACUUGCAUAGCCAUUUAAACACCCUAGCUAUCACCGCUCCUAAGGAUGCUUUUUUAAAAACAGCGUUGCUUGGGGCCCCUCACAUCAAACUUGACUUUACAGACCUCAAGCAGAAAAAUAUUGAGAAACCAGUAGAGAAAAAGCCCUCAAAGAUUCUAUUGUUUGACAAAACACAGCACAGCGGAAGACCUGAGCCAAUCAGCAACUUUGAAAACUUCAAAGAUCCAAUCAGGAACGCCGAUCUGCAGAAAUCUAUGCCGGUGACGUCUGCGAAUGUCAACACGAUCUCAUUAGCCACUUCUUUUCAGAAAUCCUCUUUUUUGAGCACCACACCAACCAGCUUCGUCAUUCCAGCGAUGAACGCUCAACAGGUCACGGAUCAAACAUUUACUGAAGCGCCAUACAGAAGAAACAAAACAGGUUAUCAGUCCACAAUAGAUCAAUCAGUCAUUUUAGCUGCUAAGACUUUACCAGAAUACAUUAAAAAUAAUUCAUACUGGAUCUCAACUACAUCUGCACCGAACAUCAUCACGUUAGGGACAGAUGUUCAUCUACAGUCAGAGACUUUCAUCAGAGACCCUCAUAAAGUCACCACUGAGAGUUUUGCAUUGGUUUCCAAACAUGAGUCUGUUUCCUUUGCACCCAUUAUGGGGUCUACAGCUCCAUCUACCUCCGGAGAACUCUAUGAACAAAAACCAGAUGUCCAGGAGACAUCUCCACCACCAGAUACCACUGGAUAUACAUCAUCUACCAUGGAGGUCUUGACGACAACCACCCAGCUAGUGUCUGACCUGCAUCUUGCGACUCCAACAGACGUCCACCAUUUCACUAACGUUACUGAUGAUCAUCAAAUAAAUGGAAAAAGCAAUCAGAGUGAUUCCAAACAAGCAUUUGAUACUUCAGCAUGGAAAGAUCUUCCAAGAUUUCCAACCAGGAUGCGUCGUCCAGUUUGUCCCUAUCCUCCGUUUCCUUCCCAUGGAACGUUCUACUUUCGGUCGAUAAAGAAUCCCAGCCCGCAUCAGUAUAAGCAUUAUAUACAGUACGCAUGUUACCCUGGAUACACACUGACCAAUGGUGACGUCUACAGCUAUUGUCAACACAAUGGACAAUGGAGUGGCCAAACACCUCUCUGCUUAGAGUUGACGCCUUGCUCCUUAAACAAUGGAGGAUGUUCUCAGAUCUGUCAUGUCAAUGAACAGAAUCGUGCCCAGUGCCUUUGUAAACCAGGAUUUCUCCUUCUGGAGGAUCAGCGCACCUGCCGAGAUUUGGACGAAUGUGUGGAGGAGUUGCACCUGUGCCAGCAAGGCUGUCAAAAUACCUUGGGCUCUUACAGGUGCAGUUGUAAUCCAGGGUUUCAGCUCUCUUCAGAUGGGACAUCCUGCUCUGACAUUAAUGAGUGUGAGGCGACAGCGCUCCUCCAGCACAGGUGUGAGUGGAAGUGUGUAAAUCUGCCAGGAAAUUACAAAUGUAUCUGCCCUCGAGGAUACAGACUGCACCGUAAUGGACACCAGUGUGAAGAUGUUAACGAGUGUGAACUGAAGAAUGGCAGCUGUUCUCACCUCUGCAUCAACCACAGAGGCGGCUACAAAUGUGCCUGUCCAGAAACGCACCGGAUAUCCCCAUAUAACCCAAAAAACUGUCAGCUGGUAGACACACACACCAGCUCCUUACACUGACUCAUAUAACUUUAUUUAUUAUCUUUUGUAUUUAAUGCAAAAUAUUUUGUAUUUACGCACCCAUAGGUAUGUACGAAUAAGCUCUGAUGGUAAUGGUGUAUUUAUCAUUAUAACUUGUUAAUCAUAGAUUUCAUGUGAUGUCACACCCUUACAGAAACGCCCACAUGGAGGGCAAAACGAGGCUUUCCUCCUCCACUAACAACCAGUUACUUUUAGUACUUAAUGCAAACCUUGUAAUGUAGUAAAGACAGAGAUAUUUGAAGGGAUAGUUCACCCAAAAAUGAAAAUUCUGUCAUUCAAGUUUGAUUCUAAAGUAUUUAAAUUGUAUUUUUAAAUGAAAAUAACCGAUCGUCUCGCUAGAUAAGACCCUUCUUCCUUGGCUGGGAUCGUUUACAACUGCAUUUGGGAUCGUUUGAAGCUGCAUUUACACUGCAUUUUGGAAGUUCAAAAUCGUGGGCACCAUACCAGUCUAUUAUAUGGAGAAAAAUGCUAAAAUGUUUUCCUCAAAAAACAUUAUUUCUUUACGACUGAAGAAAGAAAGACGUGAACAUCUUGGAUGACAAGGGGGUGAGGAAAUUAUUUGUAAAUUGUUGUUCUGGAAGUGGACUUCUCCCUUGACCAUUUAGCUCAUUGCGUUCAAAUUCUGGACUCAUUUGCUUGCCUGUAUAUGCAUCAUCAAUAAGAUGUGUACUGAAUUUGAUCUUUUAAUAUCACUGUUUUAAAGACAUUAAGUGUUUUCAAAUUUGUAAACGUUUUUAAAUGAAUGUCACGCUGUUUUUAGUGAUUUUAAAUGCAGGUGUUUUAUAUGUACUGCAAAUGGCCAAAAUUUUCAUUUCGUUCAUGUCUUUGGAGAACUGAUCUAAAUAUUUGUGGAUUGGAAACAGACUGAAAAUUGACAAGCUUGUGAUGCAUUUCUAUGGAUGUUUUACCCGCCAGGUCUUCUAGUCAGUCACAUGACUGAAAACUGAAUUGACCAAUUGUCCAUACCUUGUCCCUUCUACUUGGUGCAAUGGCACCACCUUGUGGUCACACUUAACACUUCCUGAGAAAUGUUUUUUCAUCUCCGUGGCAUUUUUAUUAAAUAUACAUUUCUGUCUCUA